UUGGAUAAGAAAAAUAUUAAUUGUAAUCUUUUCAAGUGAUUAAUUGUGAUUCUGAUUAGUUAAUUGUAUCUUUAAUCAUUGUGAUUCUCAUUAGCUUAACUUUGCUGCUUAAUUAUUGUUCACAACAAUCAACCAAUUAAACAUGAAUAUUAAUAAGAGACCAAGUGAUUAUCAACCGAUUGUUAUAAAAGGUUAUAAUAAUGAAUCUGGGUUAAGUAAAUUGAAAUGCUCAUCACCAUCAACCUCAUGUUCAUUGAUCUUAUCUGAUGAAGAUGAUGAUGAAAUUUACAUCAAUGAGACAACCAAAGAUGCUAAUUGGUUUGAUUGUAAACAAACAGUUACUAAUUCAUCAUCAACCUCAACAACACCACAAACAACAACAUCAUCAGUAACAACAACAACAACAACAACAACAGCCUUGGUUAAAUCUUCAAAUCUUUUGUACAGUUCACUUUAUCCUACCUCAUCUUCAUCAUCAUCAUCAUCAUCAUCAACCUCCUCCUCUCAUCUAACAUAUGGUUUACCUGUAAAUCUAAAUGAUAAUAAUAACAAUAAUAAGGCUUCACCUGUAAUCAGCACGCGGCACGCGCGACCAGAUCAUCAUCAUCAUCAUCAUCAUUUAUCAUCAUCUUCACCAUUAUCAAUCUUUGAUCAACAUACUGUUAAUAGCUUACAAUCAACAUCAUCAACCACAAAAAGUACAAUAACAUCACCGAGAACAAUUAAUAGCAUCACUACUUCAAAUGAUUUAAUUGCACUAAAAGUCACUGACAAUUUAUUAUCAGCACAAUUUGAAUUUAAUAACAAAUUAAAUUGUGGAAAGUCAUCAAUCCAACCACCACAACCUCCACCACUUCACAAACUACCACCGCCAUCAAUUGAUAAUCUACCAUUUAAAUCAUCACCAGAUUCAUUUCCAUUGCACUUUGAAGGUAAAUCAUUGAUUCCAAUCUAUCAUCCGAUUCACAGAUCAUUACUUGAUUAUCACAAUCAACAGACAAUCAAAUUAAAAGCUCUUAAUUGUUACUAUUCAAAUUGUUCGAGUCCACAAUCAAUUCGUAACGAGAACACAGUUCCCAAUGGGGUAACACUACCAAUUAAAGUAUCCGAUUAUUCAAUAGCAAAACUUUUAGAUUUACAAUCAACAUCUAAUCCAGAUGAACCUCUUAAUCUAACAAUUAAGUCAAACAAAAAUUCACCAUCAUCCUCAUCACUAUCACCUCCAAUAUCUUGCUCAUUAUCAUCAUCUUUAUCUCCAUCAUCAUCAUCUUUAAUUACUCCUCCACCAACAUCACUAAAACAACACAAUCAAAAGCCAACAUCAACCAAAGUUAAUACAAUCACAUCACCAACAAUUUCAACAACAAUUAGUCUACCUCAAGGUUUCCAUUAUCCUGAUGGACAUUUUUAUCAUCAAGAAGCUCACUUAUCAUCAUCAUCUUCAUCCUCAUCAUCAAAUCAUCAUCAUCACCAUCUUCAUAUCAACAACAACAAUAAUAAUAACGGUAAACUCAAUGGAGACAAUAACAGUUAUCAAACAAUCAUUUCAUCGUCAAGUAAAGUGAUUAAUUCAGAUGGGAGACACUUCAAAUGUAAUCAAUGUAAUAAAUUGUUCAAAAGAUCAUCAACUCUAUCAACUCACCUACUAAUCCAUUCAAAUACGAGGCCUUUCCCGUGUCCGUAUUGUGGUAAACGAUUUCAUCAAAAAUCGGACAUGAAGAAACACACAUACACACAUACCGGGGAAAAGCCUCAUAAAUGUGCCGUUUGCGGUAAAUCAUUUAGUCAAUCGUCAAAUUUAAUCACUCACACGAGGAAACACACUGGUUAUAAGCCGUUCACGUGCGAUUCUUGUCCCAAAGCUUUCCAACGGAAAGUUGAUCUCCGUCGUCAUCGGGAAACUCAACAUCAUUUCAAGGGCUAAUCAACUAAUCUCUCUCUCUCUCUUUUUUAAUCUAGUUAAUCCCAAUACUAUUUAAUCCAAGCCAAAGUUUCCAUAACUAUAUAAUAUCAUGUUCGUAAUACAAUUGUUAUAUUAAACAUAAAAAUUAAGAAUCAAGUCUAAUGGGAAAAACAAUCAACAAUCUAUGUUCAUUCAAUCAGAACACUAGUUAAUCAACAAUAAUCAUAAUUCUGUGUGUAAAUCAGUCAACCAGUUAGGAAAAAAGUUAUUAUCAUCAAUAUAAUCAAAUCUUUGAUUCAAUUUUAACAAUAUCAAAAAUAAUAAUAAUAAAAUCCUAUGUGUGUGUAUGUGUGACAAUCUCAAGUUAAAUUACAUUAUAUUAAUUGUUACAAGUGAAUCAGAAAUCAUUUAAUUGUAAGUGUUGUACAUUUUGUUGUUGAUUUUUGUUGUUUGUUAAUUUUGCUUUUCUUGCUUUAGGUUCACAUAAUUAGCAAACAAUUAACAAUCAGCUUUUCACCUGUUCAUGAUGUAAACUUUGAUGAUUAGAAGACCAAGAGAGAUGAUUAAUAUAAAAUGAAUCAAUUGU